AUGUCUAUGGUAAAGUCCAUCGACUUAGUGCUGCCCAAGGAUGCGAUCUACCUGGCCGGCUCCAGCAUAAAGGGGCAGGUGAUUCUAACCCUGAAUAGCACCCUGGUGGACCCCAUAGUGAAGGUGGAGCUUGUGGGACGGGGUUAUGUCGAGUGGAACGAAGAGAUCGGGGCUUCCCGCGAUUAUAGCAGAGAGGUUAUCUGCAACAAUAAGGCCGACUACGUGCACAAGACGAAGACGUUCCCGGUGGAGGAUAAUUGGUUAAGUGCAGGCAGCCACACCUUUGACUUCCAUUUCAACUUACCUCCCAGGCUUCCUUCCACCUUCUCCAGCAAGACUGGACACAUCUCCUAUUUCAUUCAAGCCACCUGCAUGGGCCGCGAGCACCUCCUAGCCAAGAGGAGGACGUACUUACUGAUUCAGGGGACCUCGGACUUCCCCCCGGAACAGUCAUUCCAGGACCCGCUGUUCGUGCAGGCUGAGAAGAAGGUGUCCUACAACUGCUGCAGGCAGGGCCGCGUGUGCCUGCAGAUCCAGAUGGACAGGAACACCUUCACACCCGGGGAGAAGGUGGUGCUCACCUCGGAGAUCCACAACCAGACCGGCAAGUGCAUCCGCACGGUGGUCUUCGCCCUCUACGCCCACAUGCGGUACGAGGGCUUCACGCCCACGGCCGAGCGCCGCUGGCGAGGGGACAGCAGCGAGCUGCUCCGCCAGGAGGCCAACACCCAGAUCGCCGCCUUCAGCAGCACCAAGGUGGUCAGCACCCUCAGCCUGCCGCUCGUGCUGUCCGUGAGCACCAGCCUGCUGGACGACCAGAUCGUGAGGACGCGCUACGAGCUGGCCGUCACCGUGCACCUGCCCUGGUCUCUGGCCAGCGUCAAGGCGAAGGUGCCCAUCAUCAUCACCAGCACGCCCGCGGACGCCACCAGCUGCCAGCUGUCCCUUGGCGGAGAGCCGGUGGACCCUCGGAUCCAGAUCCUCGGCCUCCGAGGGCAGCCCAGGGCCCUCAGCGGGGUCAAAACCCGGGCCAGCACGUGCAGGGCAAGCCCUCAACACGGAGCUGUGCCCAGCCUGCAGCUUGGCCUCCUGAGGAAUGGCCAAGGUCCCUGCGGCCCCCACAGGAUCGACCGUCGGCCACGGGGCCACGGGCUGCAGAGCCACAUGCACUUGGUGGCGGGUCUGGCAGCAUUUGGGAAGAUUCUGGAAGACAGCUGCUCCCUGAGGCGGGAACAACCCUGCAACCCUAGCGCCUGCGCCCUGGCGGGCAUCCUGGGGGCCAGUCGGCCUGCUCACACUGCCCGCCCAGGUCCUCGAGGGCUGACCCUCUGCCGGGCUCCAUCUGACUCUGACCACCUGUCCCGCCAGGGCCCGGAUCCAGCUGUGCUCCGGGCAGGGGCCCCGCCCUGUGCCCUUUGUGGGUUGGACAUGGACAACCGGGCUCAGCCUGCCGACCUUGCUUGGGGGGAGCUCUCCCUGCACCCCUUCCGCUUCCUGAUGCCCCAGCCCCUACAGUGA